UCUGGCCUGCCUGGCUUGUAUCAGAGGCUCAGUGCUCAUUCAGCGGUUCUGUUCAAACACCCUGGGGCAAUUCAGGCCUGGGUGGGGCUGAGGGGAGGAAGGGCGUUUGAGGGGGACAAGACGACGUCAAAGAAAGAUCAGAGAUUCCACAAUUUCACAAAACUUUCGCAAACAGCUUUUUGUCUCAACCCCCCUGCGUUGUCCUGGACACCAAAUUUGCAUAAAUCCUGGGAAGUUAUUACUAAGCCUUAGUCUCAGCACCAGGUAAUUUCCUCCCAGGCCUCCAUGGGCUUAUGUAUAAAGGCCUCUGGGGCUCGUCCCUGACAGAGCCCAGAGCCUGCAGACCCACCCAGACCCUCUGCUGAGCCUGCUGCCCAGAGCCCCAUGGAGCUGAUAGUCCUGCAGCUGCUGCUCUGGCACAGUGCACUCUGGACCGUGCAAGAAGCCGCCCCCCUGGCCCCUGCCAGCUCCCUGCCCCAGAGCUUCCUGCUUAAGUGUUUAGAGCAAGUGAGGAAGAUCCAGGCUGAUGGCGCAGCGCUGCAGGAGAGGCUGUGUGCCACCCACAAGCUGUGCCACCCUGAGGAGCUCAUGCUGCUGGGGCAUGCUCUAGGCAUCCCCCAGGCUCUCCUGAGCAGCUGCUCCAGCCAGACCCUGCAGCUGACGGACUGCCUGAGCCAACUCCACAGCGGCCUCCUCCUCUACCAGGGCCUCCUGCAGGCCCUGGCAGGGAUCUCCCCCGAGUUAGCCCCCAUCUUGGACAUGCUGCAGCUGGAUGUCACCGACUUUGCCACCAACAUCUGGCAGCAGAUGGAAGACAUGGGGGUGGCCCCUGCGGUGCAGCCCACCCAUGGCACCAUUCCUACCUUCACUUCGGCCUUCCAGCGCCGGGCAGGAGGGGUCCUGGUUGCCUCCAACCUGCAGAGCUUCCUGGAGCUGGCGUACCGCGUUCUGCGCUACCUGGCAGAGCCCUGAGCAAAACCCUGCCCAUCCAGUGUAUUUAUCUCUAUUUAAUAUUUAUGGUUAUUUAAACCUAAUAUUUAAAGACAGGGAAGAGCGGAAAGGAGCCCUAGACUCCUGGGUCCUUCCCUCCACUUCCAAGUUGUUUCGUUCUCCUGCCUGUAGCAGGGAGAAAAAGCUCCUGUCUUCCUGUCCCCUGGACUGGGAGGUAGAUAGGUAAAUACCAAGUAUUAAUUCCUGUGACUGCUCCCUGGCCCGGCUCUGUGGUGGGCACUGGGAAGAUCCCCAGUGAACCCCCUACCCUGAGGUGGGGCCCUUGGAAGCAUCAGGAAGUCUCCCAUGUGGGAGACAAGACAGGCCUGUUUAAUAUUUAAACAGCAGUGUUCCCCAACUGGGUCCUCGCAUCCCUGGCUCUGGCCUCAAUUAGGCUUGUGUUUGCCAGGUCGGCCGGGCCUUGCCUCCCUCACGUCCUUCCC